GUUUACUUUUGAGUUUCUGAACUUUUGACAGUCCAACAGCCCUGUGCUUCUGAUUAUGUACAUUUUAGUUAAAUCCUCGAAAACCUCGUGAGAAACAAUCUCUAACUGAGGCUUCUCAGGUAUCAGUGAGUGUAAAAUUCCUUGUAUCGUGGGGCUGUUUUGCACUUUUGCAGUCAGAAGUGUUGCCAUUUCGCCUCGGUAUUUGUCACAUCAACCUUUAUUCCAUCUUUAAAAUUUGGCCUUAGAUAGAGUCCUUGGAUAUUUGAGAGGUGAUCGGUCUCGCUUCUUAACUUUCAAGAGGUGUCCGCUUAGCUGAAAUUAUGACUUGCAGCUCCGCAGGGCAUGGACCAGAUGGCGUUCAUGAUAGAAGAUUGUGGAUAGGUAACCUGGAUGAGCGAAUCACCGAGUUUCAUCUCCUGAAACUCCUUCAAAAAUUUGGAAACAUCGAAAAGUUUGACCUGCUCUUCCAUCGAUCUGGACCGUUGGCAGGUCAGCCACGAGGCUAUGCGUUCGUCACCUACUCACAAUUGGAGGAUGCCAAACGGGUGAAAACAGCCUUAGAUGGAACUAAAGUUGGAACAAAGAAUAUUGCCAUCAAAUGGGCGUACAACAAUGAAAAGGAGGACGACACCAAAUCCAAACCUAAACUUACAAUUCCUGCUCUAGCUGGUGCCUCUGAAGAAAAAAAACCAAUCAGUAAACUCACCAAAAUUCAGGCAAUUGAAGCAAAAUUGAAGAUGAUGGAAAGUACUUCGUUUAGUGAAGUUGAAAUACAGCCUACUAUAAAAUCUAGUCACUCUAGCUCAAGAGGAGGCAUGAAUUCCCAUAGGAUGAACAAACCAUAUUCAGAUCAAAGAAACUUUCACCGAUCAAAACCUUACUCUCGCUCAUAGUGUUCUUUAAAUUUCAUCAACAGGAUCUCCGUAGUUUUAACUAAACUGCAAAUUUUUACUGUAAGGAAAUAAAGAUAAGGAGCUUAAUAGACUAACAGAGUUCCCCUGAACAAGGUUGAAGAAAUUCCUUGUAAUCUCAUUGUAUUUAAGGGUUGCAGUGCUCUUCUGUAUAUGGUCUCAGUAUUAUGAGCAUCUAAAGAAAACAAGAAAAAGUAAUGUUUUCAGCUUUAUGGCUGUCAGAGGGGAAAAUAUAAGUGUAGGCAAUAAAUACACACAAUUUGGCAACCCCUCCUUGUCUACUCCUCGAGGCAGAAGGGGGGGGGGUGCUCUACAACUCCAGUAUAAAUAUUUUUAACUGGUUUUUUGUCGCCCAAUUUUUUCCUUUUCGGGAAAAUUUUUCCACGCAGUUGCUUUAAAAAAAAGAAAAUAAAAAUAAAGGGAAAAUAACUCUAAAUUAACCUAACUCAAUACAAAUGAAUGAUGCAAGAAAAAAAAUAUUAAUUCAACUAGCUAGUGCUUGGAUCUCUAGUGAUACAAUUAAUUACACUAGUGCAAAGAUUUCUUUUUUCUGGUUUUAAUUUAAUGGUUGAAAUCUGUUAUUAGCGCAUCAAAUGGCACCAAGAAAUUAUAAGUUUCAUUCUAAGGAAAUGUUUAUUUUUUUUUAAUUCAGUUCAGUAGUACCAAUGUAUUAAUUUGUAAAAUAGAUGGAACCAAGAAGUGAUAGAUUUUAUUUCUCUUUAUGAAUUUUACAUUAAGUUGUACAGUAUUUUAUGAAUGAAUUGAUUUCAUAUCUACAUUUUAUGUUUUGUUGAUUCAAGUUGAAAAGUUGUAAUCACUGAGACUUGGUAGAAUCAAAGUAAAUUUAUUUGUUGAUUCAUGAA